AUGCAUCAACAUCCCCGAUCAUCGGCGGUGCCAUCUCCGGCGCCAAACUUCCCCCCCAGAUCGACAGCUCGGGAAGACCGCAGAGAACAACAAACCGCCCCGAGCUCCCCAACCGUCGAUAUGGGAUCAAAUUCUGCCAGAGGGCUGGGGAUAGAGCCAGGGCAUCAGCCGUCCGAGCAGGGGAGGAAUGCGGCACUAGGAAAGGAGGCCCUGACACGGUUAAAUCAGAUAAUAUCGAACUAUCACACAAAAGCCGCCUUGAUUAUAUUACAUUCACGAGUUGCACUGCCGCCCUCCUUUAACAAGGGUUCCGAGUCCCCGAGAGUCAACCGCUGGUUCAACGUUGAAUUAGAUGAUACAGAUGUCCUUCGGGAACCCCUGCGACCUUGGAGAACAUGCGAUGCCACGGAUAAUCGACCACCACCCCUCGUUAUCGAAACAUAUCUAGACACGAAGGGUCUCACAAAUAAUCAAAGUUUGGUGAUUCUUGACGAGAAUGGGAAGCGCUGGGAUGUGCGCGAGUCGCUCGCGGUGCUUGAGGGCGCCCGUGCAAAGCCAUACCAAUCGGAAAAUGACGAGAUUAUCUUGGAGCGGUGGAGAAUCGAGUUGGGAGAGUCCUCAAGUAGGCUUCCGGCAGAUUUGGGCUCUAUCCUACCCACUGUUUAUAAGAAAAGCAUUGUGCUCUUCCGAUCCUUAUUCACCUACUCUAAGUUCUUGCCUGCAUGGAGAUUCUCUAAACGCAACAAAAAGUUGCGGCAGAGUCCAGCUCUCCAGAUCAAGUACCGUGUGGUAGAUGGGAGCGCUGCUCGUGAUGACUGCUCGCUGGAUCAUUUGACAGCCCCGUUGAGUGAGGGAAGCGAAAAAGUGGUGGACACCUACAGCUUUGGGGUCACGGAAUCGCCUGCAGGUCCCUUUUCAGUUCAAGUCACGUAUCGGACGAACUGCGAUUUCCGCGUUGACGACUCAGAAGCGCUACUAAGCUCGCGGUUUAUGGGUGCUGACGACGAGAUCUUUCGUCCGUCAUUGCCUUCAGAUGAUGUCAACCGCCCAAAUCCUGAAGUUGGUUCUGUACCAGUGGAGAGAAGAACCGUUGAGAACCCAGAUUGCACACGUGCAUAUGGCAGUCUCUCGACCUUCCAUCAGGUUGGCCCAACAACAGGUGCAAGUCCUAUAUCAGCACUUCGUGCAAUGAGAGAUUCGGGCGCUGGGUCUCCUUCUCCGACCGACUUACCCAAAGGACUCCUCCCCCCUGCUAAAGUAGUCCCUUCAGGACGUGCUGCCCAGAUUGCUGGUGAAGGUGGAGGCCCGGGUUUUCAACGCCGUCCCUCCAUUUCAUUCCAACCCUUCAAAGCACCCCCUCUUUCUGCUUCCCCAGCUUUAGCAGACUCCCCGUUAGGAGUGUCUCCCCGCAACAUGUCUUCUCGCGUUCCCACAGGAACAUCUGCCGAUUCACGCGUUAUGCCGCCCCCUUCUUCUGCCGCUUCCGCGCGCAAACCUAUAACCGCUACAUCUGAACAAGCUAUAUCAUUCUCUAAUUCCGCAUCUCCGAAACCUGCUCCGAUAUCACGGUACAGCAGCUCCUUUAGUCACCGACGAGGCCGCCUUUCUGCGGGGGCGAAUAGACUGGAAGAUGACAACUCCAGUGGCCGAGCCAGUGCGACAUCAUCCAAUGCACAGCCAGGGUCUGGCCUACUCACGGAAGCUACAGGCACAAGUGCUGAGUCCAUCCAUGCAGAUGACGAGAAUAUAUCGGACUUUUUAAAGAUGCUUGAUUCGAAAAAGGACCUAAUGAAUUCAUCUACCUCCGCAUCUAUUCAGCCUGGCUCUAAGCAGCAUAACACCACUGCAGCAGCUCUUGCACGUUUCCGCAGUAUGCGAGAUUCAAAUGCCGCGUUGUCGGACUCGAUGUCACAGUCUAUGCAUAUGCAUCGCUCUUCCAUUUCUUCGAGCAAGCAACUAUCAGGAGUCCCGCCGAUGGUUGCGGGCACAUCCAUCUCCACAGCUUCUUCACCUGGGAAACCCAUAUCCCCUCAUACUCCCCACACUCCUGCUAUCCGCUCUCGCCUGAGCUCGAACAGCGUUGCGGAUGACAUUGAAACUGACCAUCAUUCAAGAAUUCCUCGUAUACAGCACGACUCGCCGCUGGAAGAACAUCCCGGCAUGGAAAAUGCUAGAGGACCUUCCUCCACCGCAGGUGCUAUCGAUAUCCCCGCUUCGCCGCGGAUUUUUGACCCUACGUACCGUCGCUCGAGCUCCGUGGCCUUGGGUCAGCCGAUUGUUACAAGCGAAGAUGAUGAAAUCUUCCCAUUCGGCAUGCGCAGUCUCAGUUUGGGGGCCGAUGAGCCCUCAAAUACCACCCUGGGUACCGCUCAACAGCAAAACAAGUUCCAGAAAAGCCAACAAUCACCGGCUGAGGACCCAAGCGGCCCAUCUGGCUCUGUAACAGGUCCAUAUCGGGACAAUGCAUCCCUCCGUGGGCAGAUGUCUGGACCAACCGGCGCUUCAGCCUCAUCCAACCCCCAUGUCUAUCAACCCCGAUUUGCUAGCUCCCGUGGCCGUGGCUAUUCAGGCGGGCAUUCUCUCAGCUCAGCUUCCAGUAGCCUCGCCCGGGGCAAUCUCGCCCCGCACUUGGCAGAGCGCGAUCACGACCGCGAUGGCAACGCCAGCGGAAGCAAUAGCGGAAACUCCACGUUAGAGAUCCGUCGCGGUUCUGCGCAGCGGCCAGGUACGGGGCGGACGCUAUCCGCACAAGCGCCCGAAGACGACGAGCCGCUCCUUUUCGCUAUGAGUGACUUCGGCGUCUCACGGCGCAGCCUAGAUGAAGGUAGACAUGGGAAUCAUGGCGGGGCUGAGUCGGCCGCUGGGUCCCGGCGUGGUAGUGGGAGACGAGGAGCAGGGCUCCCAGGCUUCCAUGCCUGGUCAUGA